AUGGGCUUCAGUUCAAUUUCAGGAAAAAGAAUCUUUGUUUCUGUAACAUGGACACCAUCAGAAGAAGGAAAAGUUAGAGAACUGGUAACUUUUGUUAUUAAUGGCAUUGUAAAACAUCAAGCUGUGCUCCUGGGUGUUGCUGAGCAGCCUGUGAAGAAAAAGAAGAGCCUUUGGGAUAAUAUAAAAAAGAAAAACACUUCAGAAACAGCUGUUUCAACAAGAGUUAAAAGAAAUUCAAAAGUUAAAAAUGUUAAUAAAACCUUUCAAGUUUCACAGAGAGUAGAUAGACUUAGAAGCCCACUUCAGUCAUGUGAAAAUCAGAAUACAAGGCAAAGUAGCGUAUCCCCAAGAAAUGACUCCCUUGUUGGCCUAGAAAAUAAGCUGCCUAUAUCUCCUAUUGCACCUGUGCUAGAGGAACAUCAUGAUGCUGUUUGUACACUAGUUUCAAUGAGAAGAUCUACUACGUUCUCGGAUAUUGCUGCAGCUGUAAAUGAGGAGCUAUUACCUGAAAUAGACAACUGUUACAUCAAGAAAUUUGUUGAUCACCAUAAUGAAUUAAAAUCUGAAAGCGCAUGCAGUUCUUCCACUGGAUUAGUACAACUGCCAACUUCAAAUAAUGAAGUAAUUCGUAAUUGUACGCUUUCACCCGUUCACACUCCUGAACGUUCAGCAACUGCGCACAUUUUAAGCGUGAGGAGAAUUUUAAGUCCAGAUUCUUUUAUAAAUGACAGUUAUCAAGUUGAUGUAGAUAUUGCAAUGGAGCAGCCUGCUCCAAUUCUGUCACCUGAUCAGUUUGUGAAAGAUACCUUGUCAGAUGUGCAGUCACAGAUUCCCAAACUUGAGGCAAUUUCAGUAUCUUCUACUACAGAGACUUGUGUCACAAAGAAAUAUCUGCCUUCAUCGUGGGAAAAAAAAGGAGACAUACGGGCAGAAGUACAUGCUUGUACAGGACACAAGUUAAAUGACGUUUUUGAGACACGUAACAUAGAAUCGCAGGUACUUCAUUAUGACAAACUCAAACAAAAUCACUUCAGUUUUCCUUCUACAGAAGAACUUCAAACCUGCAAUUGUUCUCAGAGAGAGCAACCAAAAAAACGUCCAAUCCUUUCUGCUACUGUCAUUAAAAAUAAGCCUAAUGCUGUUGAAAGAAAAGGAACAGAAGUGUCCCAGCCAAAAUCUAGAAAAUGCCUCAACAGUGCAGUAAUGGAAUGUGCUAACAUGGUUCCUGUACAUACAAAGGCAGAAAUAUCGAAACACCUUCCAGUUAUAGGUCCCAUUUCAGUUGAAAAUAAAUGUCACAAUGAUAAAGUAAAUUCAUCUCCUACUGGACCAACUUCAUUGUGCCGUAAGAGGAAGAGUGAAGCAUAUCUAGAAAAUACUAGGGUUACAGUUUCAGCAUAUGUGGAAGAAGUUGAAACAAAAAGAACUCUUAUGUCUAGCGUGAACAGUAAAACACAUACUGCUAUUAGACCAGCAGCCCUGAAACAUACAAGCCGAGAGAAAAUACCGCAGCGAAAGAAAGCUGGUUCUUCACUUCUGAAAUCGUCUAAAACUAUCAACAGAAUUAGUAAACCUGUUGCUGGAUUGGCUCAGUCUCACCUGAUGUUUGUGAAACCAUUGAAAACAGUUAUUCCUAGACAUCCGAUGCCUUUUGCUGCUAAAAACAUGUUUUAUGAUGAACGCUGGAAAGAGAAACAAGAACGAGGUUUCACCUGGUGGUUAAAUUUUAUACUUACCCCUGAUGACUUCACUGUGAAAACGAAUACUUCACAAGUAAAUGCAGCUGCUCUUCUCUUGGGAGUAGAGAACCAUCAUAAAACCAGUGUUCCUAAGGCACCAACAAAAGAUGAAGUAUCUCUAAAAGCUUAUACAGCUCACCGUAGGCUGAAUAAGUUACGACGUGCAGCUUGCCGUUUGUUUACAUCUGAAACAAUGGUCAAAGCUAUUAAGAAGCUGGAAGUUGAGAUUGAAAGUAGACGUUUGCUGGUUCGUAAAGACAGACAUCUAUGGAAAGAUAUAGGAGAAAGACAGAAAGUCCUUAAUUGGCUUCUAUCUUACAACCCUUUGUGGCUGCGUAUAGGUCUAGAGACUGUUUAUGGAGAACUGAUAACUUUGGAGAGUAAUAGUGAUGUUAUGGGUUUAGCGAUAUUUAUACUUAAUCGCUUGCUUUGGAACCCUGACAUUGCAGCAGAAUACAGGCAUCCCACUGUGCCUCACCUUUACCGAGAAGGUCAUGAAGAAGCUUUAUCAAAAUUCACACUGAAAAAACUGCUGUUGUUAGUUUGCUUUCUGGAUUGUGCCAAAAAGUCUAGAAUCAUUGACCAUGACCCUUGCCUCUUCUGCAAGGAUGCAGAGUUCAAGACUAGCAAAGACAUCCUGCUGGCAUUUUCUCGAGACUUCCUGAGUGGUGAAGGUGACCUUUCCCGCCAUCUUGGUUUCCUGGGACUACCUGUCAGUCACAUUCAGACUCCACUUGAUGAAUUUGAUUUUGCUGUAACAAAUUUGGCUGUGGACUUGCAAUGUGGCAUUCGUCUUGUGAGAACAAUGGAACUUCUCACAAAAAAUUGGCAUCUCUCAAAACAUCUGAGAGUUCCUGCAAUAAGUCGUCUUCAGAAGAUGCAUAAUGUUGACAUUGUUCUUAAUGUGCUUAAAGAGCGAGGAAUUCAGUUGAAAGACGAAAGAGGUGCUUCAAUUGACUCCAGAGACAUUGUGGAUCGACAUCGAGAACGAACUUUAGCACUGUUGUGGAAAAUUGUCUUUGCUUUCCAGGUGGAUGUUUAUCUUAAUGUGGAACAGUUAAGAGAAGAAAUUGAGUUUUUAAAGAAUGCACACAAAAUAAAAACAAAGUUGGAUGCUCUCAAGCCUUUUUCAAAUCACGGUAGAAGGCAAGAUGAUGAUAGUAACUGCUCAUUUCAAAGUUACAGUGAAAAUGUGGAGCUGCUGAUGGCUUGGGUUAAUGCUGUUUGUGGAUUUUACAAUAUCAAGGUGGAAAACUUUACAGUGUGUUUCUCGGAUGGCAGAGUAUUAUGUCAUUUGAUUCAUCAUUAUCAUCCCUGUUAUGUGCCUUUGGAAUCUGUGUGCCAACGUACAACUCAAACAGUAGAAUGCUCAAGAACCCAUAAAAUGGGACUAAACUCUUCCUCCUCCUCCUCAGAGUCGGAUACCUCCCUAAAUGUUAUGGAAGGAAUGUUUGACCAAACUGUAACUACGUCAGUCCUAUACAAGGAACUGUUGGACAAUGAAAGGAAAAACUUCCAGCUGAUCGAUGCUGCAGCUUCUGAGCUAGGUGGAAUACCUGCAAUGGUUCAUCAUUCGGACAUGUCAAAUACAAUUCCUGAUGAGAAGGUUGUUAUUACCUACCUGUCAUUUCUGUGUUCGCGGCUUCUAGAUCUUCGUCAAGAAACUCGAGCUGCUCGAUUAAUUCAGUCUGCUUGGAGAAAGCACAGACUGAAAAAGGAACUGAAACUCUCUCAGGAAAGAGACAGAGCUGCCCGGGUAAUUCAGAAAUCUGCAAUCAAGUUCUUGUCUCAUCGACGCAUUCUUAAAAAAGAGAAUGCAGCAGUUCUUAUUCAGAAGUACUGGAGAAGACACUUAGCCAGGGUGAAAUUUUUAAAUCUAAAAAAGGCAGAACUGGAGGAAGCCAGAAGUAAAUCUGCCACAAUUAUUCAGGCUUAUUGGAGGAGGUACUCUGCUAGGAAAAGAUAUUUACAGCUAAGAUACUAUGCUAUCUUUGUACAAGCAAGGAUAAGAAUGGUGAUGUCUGUUGCUUCAUAUAAAAGAAUUGUUUGGGCUGCUGUUAAAAUUCAGAGCCAUCUGCGCGCAUCUAAGUUGAUGAAAGAAGAUCGGCGAAGAUACGAAAUCUUAAAGUCCUCAGCACUUACUAUUCAGUUUGCAUUCAGAAGAUGGAGAGCACACAAAAUUCAACAGAAAAUUAAAGCUACGUUAGUACUGCAGACUUAUUUCCGAAAAUGGCAAUCUUCAAAACUGGCUAAAAGAAAGAGAGCUGCCCUUGUCAUACAGUCUUGGUAUAGGAUGCACAAAGAUUUGAAGCAAUAUUUACAUAUUAAGCAAAGUGUUAUCAAGAUUCAGGCUUGGUACAGGUGUCAGCUGGCAAGACGUAUUUACCAGGAGCAUAGGGCACAAAUAGUGACAAUUCAACGGUGUUACAGAGCUUAUAGAUCAGGAAAAAAUGCAAGGGAAAACUAUUUGCAAAAACGUGCAGCAAUAAUAGUUCUCCAAGCUGCUUUUAGAGGCAUGAAAGUGCGUAUGCUGUACAGGCAAACAAAAGCAGCUUGUGUUGUUCAGUCACUGUGGAGAACGAAACAAGAGAAACGAAGAUUUCUACGCAUAAAACAAUCUGUUAUUACAUUGCAGUCACAUGUGAGAAAAUACCAACAAGUAAAAAGGUACCAAAAGACUAAAAAUGCUGCUUCUGUAAUUCAAGCUCGGUAUAGGGCAUACGUCACUUCUAGAAAAGCAGCUUCCUCUUUCCAGGGGACACGUCUUGCUGCUAUUGUCCUGCAGUCUGCCUACAGAGGAAUGCAAGCUAGAAAAGAGUCUCGCUUAUUGAGGUCUGUGAUAAAAAUUCAGUCAAGUUACCGUGCUUAUAUUAUCCGAAAGAGAUUUAAAAACUUAAAAGAUGCAACAGUGAAGAUCCAAGCUUUUGUAAAGAUGAGACAAGCACAUAAGCAUUAUUGUACAUUAAGGAAGGCAACACUUUAUGUCCAACAAAGGUAUCGGUCUCAUAGAUAUGUUCUUCAACUUAAAGAAGAUUACAGGAAAUUAAAGGGAGCUUGCAUAAAAAUUCAAGCUGCGGUUCGAGGCUAUCUUGUUAGGAAACAAAUACAAAGGUGGAGGAAGACUGCAAUAUUUCUCCAGGCAUGCUACAGAAUGAGAAGAGACAGGCAACAUUAUUUAAGCAUCUACAAUGCUGCUGUUGUCAUCCAAAAACGCUAUCGUGCAUACCGAAAGCAUCUCUGUCAGAGGCAGGAAUUCUUGCAAAUUAAAAAAGCGGCUGUGUGUUUACAGGCAGCCUACAGGGGCUAUAAAGCGCACAAAACUUUUAAACUUAAAUACAUAGCUGCUAUUAAAAUUCAGACUGCUUUUAGAACUCAUGCUGCAAGAACGAAAUUUUGGGCAAUGAUUCAAGCCUCCAUUGUGAUUCAGAGAUGGUACAGAACCUGUAAGACUGGCAGUAAGCAAAGACUGAGCUUCUUAACCACUAGAGCAGCUGUGCUUUCUUUACAGGCAGCUUUUCGUGGUUGGAAAGUACGAAAAGAGAUUCGAAGACAACGUAUUGCUGCAACUACACUACAGUCUGCCUUCAGGAAAUUUAUGGCUCAGAAAAGAUUCAGACUUCUCUACCGUGCUGUGCUAACUGUCCAACAGCAUUACAGAGCCAGAGUUGCAGGACGGAAACAGCGGCAAGAAUAUGUUGAGCUGCGCAACUGUGUAGUAGGUCUCCAGGCAAUAUGGAGAACAAAAACUGAGAGAAAGCAAAUUCAAAAGAAGCAUAAUGCAACAAUUAUUCAGUCCUAUUACAGAAUGCAUAUAAAUCGACAAAAAUUUAAAAAGCUAAGACAAGCAACUUUAGUGAUUCAGAGACACUUCAGGUCUUACUGUAUGAAAAAAACCCAACGUGCACUUUAUCUAGAAAUGAAGGCAGCUGCAUUAGUCUUGCAGUCUGCUUACCGUGGGAUGACUGUGAGGAAACAACUGAGCAGGCUAAGCAAAGCUGCUACAGUUAUACAAGCAGCUUUCAAAUCUUACCUGGUAAAAAAGGAAUAUGUAGCACUUAAAUCUGCAGCUGUUGUGAUUCAAAGGCAUUAUCGAGCAGUUACGCAUGCUAAACGUCAAAAGCAAGAAUAUUUAUCCUUAAAGAAAGCUACGGUCAAAAUUCAAGCUAUUUAUAGAGGUGUAAAAGUUAGACAACAAAUUCAUUGUAUGCAUCAAGCAGCUAUUUCUAUUCAGGCCAUGUUUAAGAUGCAUCGCAUAAACGUUAGAUACCGGGCAAUGAGAAUGGCAGCAAUUAUAACUCAAAGACAGUAUCGAGCAUUUUGUUUAGGCAAAAUACAGCGUAAAAAGUACUUGGAGCUAAAGAAUUCUUCCGUUAUCCUUCAGGCUGCCUACAGAGGCCUGAAAGUUCGGCAAGACUUAAAAACUAUGCAUCGCUCGGCAGCAAUAAUACAGUCAUAUUAUCGCAUGUACAGGCAACGAAGAGAUUUCAGAAAACUGUUACUCGCAACUAGACAGAUUCAGCAGUGGCUCCGUGCCUGUAAGGAGCGAAAUGUACAAGUUCACAAUUACAUGACUGUGAAAAAGGCUGCACUGCGUAUCCAGGCUGCCUUCCGUGGUAUGAAAACAAGAAGACUUAUAAGAACUAUGAGUGCAUCUGCUGAGCUUAUUCAAAGAAGAUUUAGAACCUUUAUGAAAAGAAAACAUUUUAUUUCCCUGAAGACAGCUGCUGUUGUAGUUCAGAGAAAAUACCGAGCAACAAAACUAGCGAAACAUCAGCGUGAGAAAUACCUCUCUUUACUUAACGCUGCUGUUAUCAUACAGUCUGCCUAUAGGGGCUUUGUGGUAAGGAAAAAAAUACAGCAGAUGCAUCAAGCUGCUACAGUUAUCCAAGCAACAUUAAGAAUGCGUAAAAUUUAUAUUUCUUAUCAAGCUGUCAGGCUUGCUUCAGUAGUCAUACAGCAACAUUAUCGUGCUUACAGGAAAGGAAAGCAUGUGAGAGAAGUAUACUUAAAAGUGUACAAUUCUGUUUUAGUUCUUCAGGCUGCCUUUAGAGGAAUGAAAACAAGAUACGUAUUGAAGAAAAGGCAUGAGGCAGCACUUAUAAUACAGAGAAACUAUCGAAUGUGCAAGCAAUACCACCAUUACAGGAAGAUUCAGUGGGCAACCCAGGUAAUACAGAAGAGGUACAGAGCCAAUAACCUGAAGAAUAUUGCAGUACAGCAUUUCUUUUCAUUGAAGAAAGCAGCAGUUUGUAUUCAAAAGGCAUUUCGAGACAGAAGGGCAAAAAAACAUCAAGAAACGCGUUGUGCUGCUAUUGUUAUUCAGAAAAAUUUUAAAGCGUUUAGAGAACGUCAAAGAUAUCUUUCUCUUAAAGCAGCUACUGUUGUCCUUCAGAGAAGAUAUAGAGCUUUGAUUUUGUCAAGACGUCAUACUCAGGAGUAUCUUUCUCUUUGUAGAGCAACUAUUCGUAUACAGGCGGUGUACAGAGGUAUCAGAGUGCGAAAUAAUAUUAAGCAUAUGCAUUUAGCUGCUAGGAAAAUCCAGUCAGCCUACAGAAUGCACAGGAAUAAAAGGUCCUAUCAAAAUAUAAGAGUCGCAGCUAUUGUUGUACAGAAUUACUAUCGAUCCUACAUUGAAGGAAAGAAUCAGCGAAAAAAAUAUCUGACAGUUAAGAGAUCUGCUCUUGUUAUUCAAGCGUCGUAUAGAGGCAUGAAGGAACGACAGAAACUGAAAAUAAUGCAUUUCUCGGCAACUGUAAUACAGUCCAAUUAUCGUAUGUAUAAACAAUAUAGAUACUACAAACAGUUGCACUGGGCUGUCAGAGUUAUACAGCAAAGGUUCAGAGCCAAAAUGGCAAAAGAAGCUGGUGUAGAAAAUUAUGUUAAAAUGAAAAAGGCUAUCCUUUGCAUUCAGUCAGCUUUUCGUGCUAAAAAAGCUAGGCAGUUACAUAAAACCACUGUGGCUGCACGGCGUGUUCAAUCAUUCUUACAAAUGAGCGUGGAAAGGAAGCGUUUUCUUGCAAAAAAAGCUGCAGCAACAAUCAUCCAGUCUGUGUUCCGAUGCCAAAGAACAAAGACUCGCUACAAAUUGAUUCGGAGUUCAACAGUUGCUAUUCAGAGGUGGUACAGAGCAUGUCAUAUGGCUCGUUUACAGCAAGGAGAAUAUUUUGCUCAAAGGCAAGCAAUAAUAAUUAUUCAGUCUGCCUUUCGAGGAACAAAAGCAAGAAAAAUAGCAAGGGAAAUACGAGCUGCAAGAAAGAUUCAGUCUUUUCUUCAAAUGGCCAUGCAUCGUAGAAGAUUUAUUCAAGUUAAAACAGCAGCUAUUACAUUACAAGCCUAUUACUUAAUGCAUAAAACUAAAUUGGAGUAUGUGAGGUAUAAAAAAGCAGCAAUUGUCUUACAGCGAUGCUACCGAUCCCAUUUGACUGUGAGAUGCCAAAGAGCAACUUACUUGCAAACCCGGAAGAAUAUCAUCAUUGUACAGGCUAGAGUCAGGGGAUUCAUUGAAAAGAAGAGAUUUCAUAGAAUUAAAGAAAGUGCAAUAAAAAUUCAGGCAUUUUUCCGUGGGUCUAUUCAGAGACAGGAAUACCUUCGGUACAAGUUUUCUGUUGUACUGAUACAGCGGCACUACAGAGCCUAUCAGAUGCGAAAUAUUGAACAGCAAAGAUAUCAGCAAAUGAAAACAGCUGCCAUUACGAUUCAGGCAUCAUAUAGAAGACUUAAAGCCAAGCAGUUUGCUGACAAAAUGAGAGCAGCACGAGUAAUUCAAGCCUGGUUUCAAGGCUGUAAAGCACGAAAUGAAUAUGCAUCCUUGGUAAAAGCUACUUGUGUUGUUCAGAGUCGCUUCAGAACAAAACAGCAGAGGAUCUGGUUUCUGAAAAUGAAAGUCUGUACAAUUAUCAUCCAAAGAAGAUGGAGAGCAACCCUUACUGCAAAAACAAUUCGCCAUCAGUUUCUGGCAGCUAAGAAAGCUGUAGUGAAGAUUCAGCUGGCAUAUAGACAAUACAGGACUAGAAGACUAAUAAGAAAGAUUUCAGAACAGAAACAAAAGAAGAGGCUACUUUAUUUUACAGCGGCUGCAUAUCAUCAUUUCUCUGCAAUUAAAAUUCAAAGGGCAUAUAGAAGGCACCUUGUCUUGAAACUUGCACAAAACAAGAUUUCUUCUGUUCUAGUAAUACAGAGAUGGUUCAGAGCAAAAGUACAACAGAAAAGAUUUCGAAGAGAUUAUCAGAGAAUUGUUCAGUUACAACGAAUGAUUCGAGUCUGGCUAAAUCGCAGAAGUCAUGCAGCAACCGUAAUUCAACGGAAUGUAAGAAGGUUCCUUGUCUGCAGACGUAGCAGAAAAAUUGUAAUUGGAAUAAUUAAGUUUCAGGCAUUGUGGAGAGGAUAUUCUUGGAGAAAGAGUAAUGACACAGCAAAAACUAAAGCUUUAAGACGAAGUUUGGAAAAGGCUAACGAAAAGAGCAGAGAAGAAAACAAAUUAUGUAACAGAACUGCAAUUGCCAUCGAAUACCUUCUAAAAUACAAACAUCUGUCUUAUAUUCUUGCAGCAUUAAAGCAUCUAGAAGUGGUUACCAGACUGUCCCCACUCUGUUGUGAAAAUAUGGCCCAGAGCAGAGCAAUCUUCACUAUUUUUGUUUUGAUACGAAGUUGCAACCGGAGUGUUCCAUGUAUGGAUGUGAUCAGAUAUUCCAUUCAAGUUCUACUUAAUGUUUCAAAGUAUGAAAGAACAACUCAAGCAGUUUAUGAAGUUGAAAAUUCUAUAGAUACCUUACUGGACCUACUGCAAAUGUACAGAGGGAAAGCUGGGGACAAAAUUUCGGAGAAAGGAGGAAGCAUUUUCACUAAGACCUGUUGUUUGUUGGCUAUCCUUUCAAAGGACUCAGAGAGAGCUUUGGAAAUUCGGAGCAUACCAAGAGCAGUUACUUGCAUUCAAAGCCUGUAUAAACUUACAGCUCGCAAACACAAAAUGGAUGCGGAAAGAACACUUGUGAAACAAAAAACAAACACUUGCAGUAGUGGAACUUCCUUUGUUCCAGUAACUCCUGUAAGAACAAAAACAGUUUCGAGAAUUAAACCAGACUGGGUUUUGAGGAAAGAUAACAUGCAAGAAAUUGUGGAUCCUCUGCAAGCAAUUCUGAUGGUGAUGGAUACACUUGGUAUUGCCUGCUACUGAAAUGUAAAUUAUGUAAAUGAAAAUGCAUUUGUAUAGUAUGUGGGCAGCAGACAGUUAACUGACUCGGAGAGAAAAAUAAGUGCCAAAAGCUAUCCUGGAAAAUGUUUUUUUCAAAUUGCAAUUAACUUUUUGUAACUUUUUUUAUGUUGUAUACAACUUUUGAAAUCCUAUUUUGUACUACUGCUAAAAGCAAUUUGUACAAUAAAAGCAUAAAGCCUUGGAAAUUUCAUUAGUGCACUAAUAUACUGUAAAUACACAACCAUAAUCUUACAAAUGGCAUGAUAUUCCUCACUGGUUAAAUAUUGUCGAGUUCUGUUAAAUACAAUCGCUUGUAUGGGCCUGCUGUUACGCUCGUUUGCCUGAUCUGGAGAGGUAUAGGUAGGAGGGAGAGUCUACUGAUUUCAAAAUUGGCUAGUGCUUUGGGGAGCUUGAGUUCACUUUCUAGUGAGCUAAGGGAUCCUAUGUGACCUUAGGAAAAAUGGUAACUUAUAAUAAAAGAUGAUGAUGGAACAAAGGGAUGUUAAAUAAGAAAAACUAGAAGGGUGAAUCUCUGACCUGUAUAUUUUACAGGUGGCAAUUUGUGAGGGCUUUCUUCCUAUCUAGUCAGCAAUACAAAAAAGCAUGGUGUUCAUCGCAGCAUCUGCCUGAAGUUCUGUUCUCUUGUGCCUUGAAACUGCAUUUUCCUAGAGCAAGUCCAAGAAAGCCAAAAGAGUAAAAUGAUAACCCCCACCUCCAAAUUUGAAGAUUACUCUUUCCAAGGGUGGAGCAUGUUGCUAAAUCAACUAAUCGCCAUCAAGCACUUAGUUAAACUACUUGAGUCUUUUUAGGAGAUGAUGUAUAGUAAAUGAGAUUUAUUUUUCCUUGUUUAAAAAGGGCUAGUUUUAUGCUACAAAACUUAUGGACAGACAACAGCAGUGACUCUGUUCUUAAUGUAAGAGCUUGCAGAAUAAAUAUAGAACGAAGCUGAUUCGGGAGGGGGGAGGGAGUCUUCUGUUUCCUCUUAUUUUAGCCAAGGUAAAUAAUGUGAUAACAGAAUGCCCUUUAAACCUGGAACUCUAGGAGGUUCUGAGGGGGACGGUGUUUAAUUAGUGUAAAUUGUUCUAUAAGUUUUCUUGCCUAUAAAAUGAUAAAUUCUCUACUGACUCUUUAAAAUUCCUAGAGAAAAGUAUGCCAAACAAAAGGAGAGCUCUGCAAAUCUAGUUAGGGUAUUUGGAGAAUUAAAAUACGUAAAAAGUGUUUUCAGUGAAGUAACUUGUGU